UUACUGUAACCUAGAACAAAAAAUAUUGAAUAAAAAAAAAGCUAGAUCUAGAUCUAGGUCUAAACUUCUAUUUACUAUGUCACUAUUCUAGGCGUGACUAUUCCGAUAUAGAAAGUAGAUCUACUACUCCUACCAAGGCAAAAGUCUACUAGAUCUACAUGAAGUUUGAAGUCUUGGUAAUCCGGGAGUUUUAGAUUAAAUUACAGUUUCUACAAUAAAAUAUAAACAAGAAGAUAAAAAACGAGCAUUGACUUUUAAAAAAGAAAAAUGGGCAAACUGAAUAUUUUUGAAAUUUCCUUCAGUAAUUUGAGUGGUGUGUAUUUUUCUGGUGACUUAAUGCAAGGUUACGUUACUAUAGAGUUAACAGAAUCAAUGGAAAUGAGAGGUAUAAGGCUCAAGUUGAAAGGAGGAGCUAAAGUCCUCUGGACAGAAAGUGAAACAUCAAGUGAUGGGGACAACUCAACCACGACCACUCAUACUCAUUCUGCUAGUGAGAAGUACUUUUCCCAAACUAUUCUUUUAAUGGGAAUAUUGCCAAAGCAAGGGAACCAAACUGUGUCGCUGCCCGUGGGAAGGCACACAUAUCCCUUCCAGUUUCAACUACCUACUGGGCUUCCAUCUUCAUUUGAGGACUCAAUUGGCCAUGUGAGGUAUACUGUCAAAUCAGUUAUAGACAAGCCUUGGAAGUUUGACCACAAAACCAAACGGCCUUUCACCGUCAUAAGUAUCCUGGAUUUAAAUUUACAAGCUGACUGCAGUCAAAAGCUACAGGCAACAAAGAGCAAGACACUGUGUUGUCUCUGCUGCAAGUCUCGCCCCAUAGAGGCGACAUUUGUUGUUGAAAGGAAAGGCUAUGUCCCAGGGGAAGCAAUCAAGCUGUAUGCUGAGAUCUUCAAUGGCACAAAUAGGGCAAUGUCCAAGUCUUAUAUCAACCUAACAAUGGUGAAGUCUUUUCAUGCUACAACAGAUUCAAAAACGGAAUACAAAGAAGUUGCCAGAUUGACGCGACCCAGCAUUCAACCACGGCAGGGGGAUGCCUGGUCAGGUGAAGAGUUGGUAAUCCCUCCCCUCCCACCGUCGUUUCUUCAUGGUUGUAAAAUUAUUGACAUUAGCUAUAAGUUACAGCUGAAUGUUGACCCCUCUGGACCAGCCCUUGACCUUGAGAUCCCAUUUGACAUCAUCAUCGGGACGAUCCCUCUUCUGUCUGUUGUACAGAAAUAUCCACCUCUGCCUCCCCCACCCCCAGCUUGGGACAAAAUGUACUUGUGGGAAAACACGCCCUCUGCCCCACCCCUAGAACAUGUCUACCCAGCUCCCCCUGCCAGUAGUGUGCCCAAUUUACCUCCACCAUCCUAUGAUGAAUGCAUCACAGGACGUGUGAAUAUCAAGGGGUCUAGUGACGAGUACACAAGAGGGAACUUGAGUUACUGCCCCAUGUAUCCUUGUUAUAAUUGGGGAAAAACUGCUAGUGGUUUGCCAGAAGUAGAAAAAUAAUUUACCUCCCUUGUUGAAACUUUUGUAUUGUAGGGACCUAUGAGGAUGGCUUGAAAAUGUUUCCGAUACCAACUUGAACAUUGCAGCACAUCAACAAAUUUGGUGACAUUUUUUUUUGCACGUUUUGACAACUACUCACGUAAAUAUUUUUUAAUGUUAGGCAUUGGCGCGAAUGUCGAUGAACACACACAUGGGUUGGCAGAAAUCUGUACUCGCUGAUGAUAAGAUCAUUCAAGUACACCAUAUGAUCCUGGUCAAGCAUUAAAUUACGGUUAAAGAGAAAACAGAAAUAAUGUUCACAAAAAAAUGUUUGUUGGAUAUUAAAACAAGACUGAGCUAUAAGAAAACUGAAAGUACAUGAACAUUUGCACUUCUUUUUCAGAUGGGUUGGAGAGUAUUGCUGGGAGAAGUGCAUAGAUCUAAAAAGAGGUGAGGAAGAGAAAAAUAAUAAUUUAAAAUAAAAAAAACUACAUGUUUCAUUGUUGUGUCGGAACAUUUUCAAACCAACCUCAUCAAGCAACUCAAAUAGAGAGAUUGUAUUGUAUAUGUUAGAAACAACUUGAUCAUUACAGCUGAUUUCAACUUUUAUUGUGAUUUUAUUCUGUAAGCUGAUUUCUUGAAAGUUUGUGUAUUCUAUCUACUUACAUGUAUUGUUACAUUUCAGUGUAAUCUUUUUAAAUGAACCAACUAUACUGAUGAAAGUGUUUAGAAAAAAAAUGUCAUCCCUAGUUUAUAGGGUUUUUUUCUAACACAUGAAGUGCUUUUAUUUUUUGUUACUUGUGUAAUAUCUUAACUUGAUUGUGUUCUGAAUGGAAUCAUGAGCUUGACCUUCUUAGGUUUAAAUUGUACUUGCCCAUAUAACACAACAACUGGCUAUGAAAAAGAUUAAUAAUAACGUUUGAACCCUAAAUUAAUAUGUACAUAGUUUUGUUUAUAUUUUUAGGUUUGUUAUGAUGCUCAUUUUUAAGCUUCUUACACCUUUAAAAAAUUGAUCUUAAAUUCUGCUUAGACUGAGGUCAAAGAAAGGAACGAAUUCUACGUGAUGUUACGUACAUAUACUAAUUUCUACAGCGCUCUAGUUUUAAAUAGUUAAUUAUUGUAUACAUCAACAUGUUGCGUAUUAUUUGAAGUACCCUAUAUUAGAAAACAAGGAUGAGGAAAUGUUAGUGUUGAGAAUACUUUUUGUUGUAGAUCAUGUUUAUUAAAUGUUUCUUAAAUGUUUUUCUGGCUAUUUUUGACCCAAUGUUUUAUCUGUAGAGUUAUUUAUCUGGCUCAGUUUCUGCAUAAAGUUAAUGUUAGUAUACUGCUUUUUCAGAUAAUGUUAAUGUUGAAAUUGGUUGUUUUUUUUAAUCAAGUCUAGUAUAUCUUACAAGUAACAUUUUAUGUAUUGGUUUUUUUACCCCUCAUAUGAUACAUGUUAUUAGCUUCCACCACCAGUAUUGUGCUUAACUUCCCUGUGAUGACAUAGUCAUGACCAACAAUAUGGUUUAAGAUCCUUGCUGACUUUCUGCAUUAUCCCAGUGUUAAAUAUUAUCACUGUCUCAAUAUGGCAGUUGAUGAGAUGUUAAAUAAUUCUCCACCAUAAAUGUGUUUCCUUUGCUCCUAAUAACAUUUUUAAAAAAUAACGAACAUAAGUUUGAUAUUCUUUGUAAUACUUGUGGUAAAAUGCUUUAUUUAUUAUAGUUUGAAUCUUCAAUUUAUUUUUUUACUAUUUUUUCUCUACACCCAAGCUCACGUGAUAUUAUUUUAUUUUGCAGGCACAAAAACUAUGGUUUUGAUUUGCUAUAGUUUAAUAGCUAGAGAGAAGAGAUGUCCUUUGAUAUUUUGUAUUGACACGUUUUAUUUAUGAUAUAUUUCAUCCUUGAGCCUAAUUUACAUGAAAUAUUUUGUCUUAAGAUUUUUUGCCUGAGAUAAUUUGUGCUGAGAUAUUUUGCCCUGAGAUAUUUUGUGCUGAGAUAUUCUGAGAUAUUUUAUCCUGAGAUAUUUUAUCCUGAGAUAUUUUAUCCUGAGAUAUUUUAUCCUGAGAUAUUUCAUCCUGAGAUAUUUUAUCCUGAGAUAUUUUGUUCUGAGAUAUUUUGUUCUGAGAUAUUUUGUCCUGAGAUAUUUUAUCCUGAGAUAUUUUAUCCUGAGAUAUUUUAUCCUGAGAUAUUUUAUCCUGAGAUAUUUUGUUCUGAGAUAUUUUACCUUGAGAUAUUUUGUCCUGAAAACAUUUAUAUGCACAAAAAUACCUGUGGCAUAAACACCAACCAAGCCACUAAUCUGAUUUUUAUUUUCAAUACCAUAGUGUUUUCUACAGAUUGUGUUAUACAUUUUAUACUUUGUUUUUCUUUAUUAACCAUUAACAUCUUUUUGUACAUACAGCUGCCAAAAUUUGAAUCUCUUUUUAGUUUUUAAAAAUUUGGUUCAUGAGCAAUUUAGAAUAAUUUUUGAAAAAAAAGGAAUUAGUUCUUGAAACAAUUCUUGUAAUAUUAUUAGAAAUGAGUGAGCUAUAAUUUUAUGUAAUGUGAUGCUUCAUUGUGGUUUGAGAUAUUUAUUAUAUAAUAAUACUUUUUAUUUGUGGGUUUGACUUAAAACUAUAUACUUGGCUUUUAUUAUCUGAUUGAUGACUUCAGAUAAGUAAUAAAUACAACCAGUGUCUUACAUAAAUAUGAAGAGGGGUAGUCAGGUGUUAUUACUUACUAAAAUAGCAAUUUUGACAUGGAGUGUUAUUUUAACCUUUGUCCACCUUUAGUGCUAAAAUAACACUUUAUGUAAGUAUUGCUAAAACAUAAAUAUACCCAUAUUUUUACCUAACUAUAACCAUAAGACUUGAUGUUGUUUGUUCGAUUACGGUUUUGUGAUAAGAUUUUCUGACAAUUUAAAGCACAAAUCUUGUUUUUUUAGAUAAACUGUUGUACCAAACUUCCUUGGAACAAAAAUCUGCACCUUUAUAUUUUUAUGCUACUUAUUAUCUCAUUUCAAUCGAUUUUGCUAAGGCCCAAUAGAAUUCUUAAAAUCAUUUGUUGUAAUUUAAGUUGUAUAAAAACACUUAGUUUAGCGGGUUUUUUUUUGGUAUCAAAACAUACAGUUUUUAUGUAUAUAUAAUUACAUUUUGUAAUUUUAGUGAGCUUUGUUUCAAUGGUGGAAGAGGAUGUUUAUUUAUACAACUGGUCCUGUAAUUUUAUUUUACAAUUUCAUGAGUACUGUCCCCUGUUAUUUUAUUUGCUCUCUACAAAGUGCUUUUUAUUUUUAUGUAAGCCUUACACCAGUAUAUUAACAAUCAAUGAUGUUCUUUGCAUUUUACAUUUACUCAAAAUACAUUUAAUAUAUACUAAAACAGGUUAGAAUUAAGUAUGAAAGAAAACUCAAACUUAAUUAAAACUUGUCUAGGCAAAAAAUACUUUAGUU